UGUCAGUGUUGUUGCCGAGACGAAGAGGAGGCGAAGCCUUUAACUCUCUCGACAAAUAAUUCCCAUAAGAGCGGCAAUUCCUACUCCCGAGCGUUGACAACAUGCAGAACGUGAUCAAUACCGUCAAGGGGAAAGCCUUAGGGGUCGCCGAGUAUCUUACGCCCAUUCUCAAGGAGUCCAAGUUCAAAGAGACAGGAGUCCUUACCCCAGAGGAAUUUGUGGCCGCAGGAGAUCACUUGGUUCAUCACUGUCCCACGUGGCGAUGGGCUCCAGGCGAUUCUGCCAAGACCAAACCAUACCUUCCUCCAGAGAAGCAGUUCCUCAUCACCAAGAAUGUCCCUUGUUACAGGAGGUGCAAACAGAUGGAGUAUCGCAGUGAGCAGGAGCUGGUCCUGGAAUCGGAGGGUGAUCCCGACGGUGGCUGGGUGGACACACACCAUUUCAGUGACUCAGCCAUCUUGGAGGAGAAAGUGGCUGACAUGGCACUUGAAGAUAAGAAGGCAUCUUGCACGGAUGAUGAUGAUGAUGAAGAUGACGAUGAGGAUGAGGAAGCUGCAGAUAUGGAGGCUUUUGAGGAGUCAGGCAUGCUGGAGCAAGAGGAUCCUAGUUCAAUCCAGACCCCCAGGACCGUUCCUGCAGUGUCUAGCUUGGGGAACAGCACCAGCGACGGGGGUGAGGUCCUCCAAACCCGCACAUAUGACUUGCACAUCACCUAUGACAAGUACUACCAGACACCUCGCCUGUGGUUGACAGGUUAUGAUGAGAAUCGACAACCUUUAACAGUUGAAGAAAUGUAUGAGGACUUUAGCCAGGAUCAUGCCAACAAGACAGUCACCAUGGAAACACAUCCUCAUCUCCCAGGUCCUCCCAUGGCGUCUGUCCAUCCCUGCAGACAUGCCGAGACCAUGAAGAAGAUAUGUGAAACAGUGCUUGAAGGCGGAGGCGAGUUGGGGGUCCACCUGUACCUCAUAGUGUUCCUGAAGUUUGUACAGGCCAUCAUUCCCACCAUCGAAUACGAUUACACGCACAAUUUCACACUGGCUCCUUAGGAUAACUGAUCAUGGGGAAAAGUGCUGGUGUUUCUGCAAGUAGUCGUCUUCUGCUGACCUGAGAAAGUUGAAUUAGCAAGCAAACUAUAAACUAUGUAAUCACUAUUGUUAUUAUUAUUAUUAUUAUUGUUAUUAUUAUUAUUAUUAUUAAUAUUGCCACUGCUGCUGCUACUAUUGCUACUACUAUUUUAUUGUUGUUGUUGUUUUUAUAUGUGGUAAUUAUUCUAUUGUGUUAUUAUAAUUGUUUUUGUAUUUGGUUUUAUUAUUGUAAUAAUUAUUAUAAUUAUUGUUAUUGUUAUUCAUUAUCAUCAUUAUUAUAAUUGUUAUUAUUAUUAUUAUUAUUAUUAUUAUUAUUAUUAUUAUUAUUCAUUACUACUAUUAUUAGCAGUAUCUUCAUCAUCAUUAUUAUUGUUUAUAUUAUUAUUGUUAUUAUCACAACUUAUUAUAUUAUUCCUUUCCAUUUUUACAAGCUCUGGACCUCUUCUCAAGGCUCUGAACUUUACCACUGAGCUAGUCGUUGUACUUCUGCCAAAAAACAUCUUCACAGCUUGGUUAAAGUGAUAUGCCUUAAGUGUGAAGUGCUUUGGUUCAAGUUUAACAGCUUUGCAUUCUCUUUCAUGAUAGAGAAUUUACCAUAUGUUGCAGGACAACUUUGGAGAAGUAUCAGCAGCACUUAAAGUGUUGGUUUAACACAUGCAGGAGUGAAAGAUAUUAUCAUUGAAAAAAAUCUUAACUUCCACAUAGUUCUAGGAGUCAUGUUGCAAGUUUUUUUUUUUUAUUAAAAGAUAAUUCAGAUUACAGAUGAGAUAAAAGGCUCAGACUCUUCUCUUCUUUAUUUUUAUUUAAUGGUACAUCCAGUUAUAGUAGUGUUAUAGAUGACAUAGCUGUGGAGUAGACAUAUGGAAAGUUUUAUAAACCCUAAAAUUAUAUAAUUACUAUUCAACACAAUUUUUUUUGCAAAACCUGGUUAUCAUUUGUGGCUACUAUGAAUUUACAGGGUUUUGAAAAAGAAACCUGUUA